AUGGAUCUUCAGAACCUUGCUAUUGUUCUUCGUGGUGCACUUAGUCCUAAUCCCGAUGAGCGUAAAGCUGCUGAAGACAGUCUUAAUCAGUUUCAGUAUACUCCCCAGCAUCUUGUGAGGUUGCUGCAAAUCAUAGUAGAUGGGUCUUGCGACAUGGCAAUCCGGCAGGUGGCUAGCAUUCACUUUAAGAACUUCGUUGCAAAGAAUUGGUCCCCUCAUGAUCCUGCUGAGCAAUCAAAAAUUCUGCCAAGUGAUAAGGAAUUGGUGAGGCAAAAUAUUCUCAUAUUCAUUGCACAAGUUCCCUCAUUGCUGAGAGUACAGUUGGGGGAAUGCCUUAAGACAAUGAUACAUGCGGACUACCCGGAGCAGUGGCCAACACUUCUUCCAUGGGUAAAGCAUAAUCUGCAGGAUCAGCAAGUUUAUGGUGCUUUGUUUGUUCUGAGAAUUCUCUCCAGGAAAUAUGAAUUCAAAUCUGAUGAGGAGAGGACACCUGUUUAUCACAUUGUUGAGGAAACUUUUCCACAGCUUCUCAACAUAUUCAACAGGCUUGCUCAGAUAGCAAAUCCUUCCAUUGAAGUAGCAGACUUGAUCAAGCUCAUUUGCAAGAUAUUCUGGUCAUCCAUAUAUGCAAAGCUUGCACCAUCUGUUUAUUUUGGAAUAUUUUGGUUCUCUUAUAAAGCUGUAUGUCCUGAUGUUGGUUGGUGUUUGCAAAACCCUUUUAAGAAACAUUUGGUCCGUGUGGGAGUUUCUUUGGAGAUUCCGAAGCAGUUGUUUGAUCCAAAUAUGUUCAAUGCCUGGAUGGUCCUUUUCUUGAAUAUGUUGGAGAGGCCUGUCCCUCUGGAAGGCCAACCAGCCGAUCCAGAGCUAAGGAAAUCAUGGGGAUGGUGGAAGGUGAAAAAGUGGACAGUCCAUAUACUGAAUCGACUAUACACCCGGUUUGGAGAUUUAAAACUUCAAAACCCAGACAACAAAGCUUUUGCUCAAAUGUUUCAGAAGGGCUAUGCGGGGAAAAUUCUGGAGUGCCACCUUAAUUUGUUGAAUGUUAUACGCGCUGGUGGUUACUUGCCUGAUAGAGUGAUCAACCUCAUUUUGCAAUACCUGAGCAAUAGUAUCUCAAAGAGUAACAUGUACAGCUUGUUGCAACCAAGACUUGAUAUUGUUCUUUUCGAGAUCAUCUUUCCACUUAUGUGCUUCAGUGAUAAUGAUCAAAAGCUCUGGGAGGAGGAUCCACAUGAAUAUGUUAGGAAGGGUUAUGAUAUAAUUGAGGACUUAUAUAGUCCCAGAACUGCUGCAAUGGAUUUUGUGAGCGAGUUAGUCCGGAAGCGUGGUAAAGAGAACCUUCAAAAAUUUAUACUAUUCAUUGUCGAGAUUUUUAAGAGAUAUGAGGAGGCAGCCCCAGAAUACAAGCCAUAUAGGCAGAAAGACGGUGCUCUCCUUGCAAUUGGAGCUCUAUGUGAUAAACUGAAACAAACCGAACCUUACAAAUCAGAGCUUGAACGUAUGCUUGUUCAACAUGUAUUCCCAGAAUUUAGCAGUCCUGUGGGCCAUCUUCGAGCCAAGGCAGCAUGGGUUGCAGGACAGUAUGCCCAUGUUAACUUUUCAGAUCCAAAUAACUUCCGCAAGGCAUUACACAGUGUUGUGGCUGGAAUGCGUGAUCCUGACCUCCCUGUUCGUGUUGAUUCUGUUUUUGCUUUACGUUCGUUUGUUGAAGCCUGCAGAGAUUUAGAUGAAAUCCGGCCCAUUAUCCCCCAACUACUUGAUGAAUUUUUCAAACUUAUGAAUGAAGUCGAGAAUGAAGAUCUUGUGUUUACACUUGAGACUAUCGUUGACAAGUUUGGUGAGGAGAUGGCUCCUUAUGCUCUUGGGCUAUGCCAGAAUUUGAAACUAAUGAGGGUUGCAUUUCAGGCUGCUGCAUUUUGGAAAUGCAUUAACACGUCGGAAGCAGAUGAAGAAGGUGAUGAUCCUGGAGCUCUGGCUGCAGUUGGCUGUUUACGGGCCAUAAGCACAAUUCUUGAGUCAGUGAGCAGGCUUCCGCACCUAUUCAUUCACAUUGAGCCGACUCUCCUCCCAAUAAUGCGUAGGAUGUUGACUACUGAUGGACAAGAGGUCUUUGAAGAGGUAUUGGAGAUAGUUUCAUACAUGACAUUCUUUUCGCCAACAAUAUCCAUGGAAAUGUGGAGUCUAUGGCCAUUGAUGAUGGAGGCUCUAGCAGACUGGGCUAUUGACUUCUUCCCUAGUACGUCUAAACACUUUGAUGUUACUGUUCCCUAA